AUGGAAUGCCGUGCCCAUCCAGUUGAAAGGAAUAGGGGAGAUGGAAAAAAGGCGACAAAACACAACCAGGAAACAGUUGCUCAACGAAAUAGACAACUUCCUCCGAACAACGUGCGGGGAAUUAUAGAGGACAAAUUAGACAGCUGUUACAAAAAUUAUAAUAAACUGGAACACCACGCCAAAGUCCCAGCCAGUGGGAACUGCAGAAUCAUCCUCCCGCCAGUGACCCCGAAACACACAGAGGUUGAAUAUUUCUCUAAUUUGCCGAACGGCACUGACAAAGGAUCUCAUCUCUUGUAG